UGCCAAACCUUUGCUCUGUACAAAUCUCGUCCGCGAAUCAAGAUGCGAUUUGCUGUGUAAACAAUACAGUUCAGCACAUACUACACGUAGGCCUACAGACAACUGAAAAACCAACAGGCACAGGGAUUCGCUGCCCGCGUUUGAGUGCUCAAUACGAAUGUACAGCAUCGGUAUUGCCUACUUCCUAAACACCUUUCUGCCUGGGCAGACAAAGGUCAUGGAUACGUGGUCCUGGAUACGUGGCCCUGUAUAGCUAUGAAAUCGUUAUUUAUGUAUGUACUGGCGGUGCAGUCGUGUCUUAACAUUUUCUUCAGUCAUUACCAGGUCUGUACUCGAAUCUGAUCGGGUACGUGGUAGAGUUAAAGUUCCAAAAUGUCGUCUGUUCCGGUCUUGUAUCACGCUGAAGCCUCUUUCUAUUCGCAAAGGGCUCGGCUUUCUUUUGCUGAAAAGGGCAUCAAAUACAAAAGCCAUGUGAUCAACCUCAUGGCCGGAGAGGUGCAUGAAGAAUGGUUUCUGAGGAAGAUCAACCCCAAAGGUCAAGUCCCAGCUAUGGAACAUCAAGGUCAAUUCUACAGAGACUCUUGCGAUAUCAUUGAAUACGUCGAUACAUUACCCUCUAACAAACCGAAGCUCUGUCCGGAUGAUUCCUCAGAUAUGUCUAAAAAGGUUGGUUACUACCGCGAGAAAACUGGAAUCCAUCAAUGUUUUUGCCGUCUCGUUUGGCUCAUUGUACCACCGUCACCUGACUGUCAACGCCUUGGCUCCCGGUUUACUGCUGUGGGGAAAAAUCUAACAUCGCUUCAGGAGAAAAGUCCAGAUCUGGUAGCCGGUCUGAGCGAACGGAAGGGAAAUACUGACAUCAUCUUCGACGAGGAAAAGGUCAUCGCCAUCUUAAACGACGUCGACGGAAUUCUUGGGAAAUCGAAGAGGAACUGCAGAAACAGAAAGCGUGAUGCUGAGUACUGGCUAUGUGGCAAGACGUUCACGAUUGCAGAUAUCUACCUAUCCUGUCUUCUCCAUCGUCUGACCUUUGUAGGGCAGGCCGAAAGGUUAUUCCUGUCGAAACGCCCUCUUGUGACGGACUACUACAAUCGCGUACUGUUACGCAAAUCCUUCCGUAAAGAAUGCGUAUACGCAAACAAUAUGUUCUGGUCAAUGUUCAUGCCAAUGUUGCGCGCAAAAGUGAAGAAAGCGCGUCCUUUUCUAUUCGUCGUUUCUGCAAUAGCCAUUGGGGUGAUUGCGUAUUACAAAAAAGAAGAAAUUAUCGAUCUAGGAAAUGAAAUGUUUGUAAAGUUCAGAAGUUUAUUCCCGGAAGUAGACACUGAUUAACUUAAAGUUUGACGCCCCUAUAUCUCUAUUUGGUUCUAAAUCAAGAUGAUGAACUGAAAUCACGGAACUAAUCAUUCAGUCCGUUUGGCACAAGUAGAAUGCCACACUAGUGAUAAGUGUACAGGAAUAUAUAUACAAAUUGAUACAUGCGUAUCCUUUUUUCUUGAGGAUAAUUCUUGAUUGUUAAUGUCAUAUUGCAGCCCUUCGUGUAUUUCCUGCUCUAAGAAUGGUAUUAUGCAUCUUCCUUUACAAAAUUGUUUAAAUGGAGCUGAAGAUCUUUAGCAUUUUAGGUAUUCUUAAAUUUGCAUCUAUGUUUUCUCAGUGUGGCAUUUUAUUGAAGUUGUGUUCUGCCUUUUCUUGUUAGGCUUAUAGAUCGUCAUUGCGAGUGAAUCGUUAUUUGAUGAAAGACUAAUAAUUACGCUUAUUGAUUACACUCAAACUUAAAUACUUAUUACAAUGAAAUGAAUCUCAAAAGAAAUGGACAGUAUAAAUAGUAUGCUGGUUGUUGGUUUUUUGAAUUCCUACUGAAACGCUUUUAUCUUUACA